AUGCUUCCCACACUGUCAGUCAUCCUUUUUCUGAGCUCCCUUUUCCAUGUUGAGGGAUCUGCAACUUUCCAAGAUGAAUAUCGCGGCGACUAUGUUCCCAAGUUUAUCGAUUCUGGGCUCGGCCGCCAGGUUGUCGCUCCUAAUACACCAUACGUGGCCGUGUCAGGUCGUAACUCGCUCUAUUUUAUCGACACACGACACGACGCCGAGACUGCCCAGCACAUCAAGGCGCAAAUCGAGCAUGCCGCCAUGCCUCACUCGGGCGAGUCUCUCUUCAUCGACGAAAUCGCCGCCACCGCGGAGUUGAGGGACGCAGCGACGGGCAAGACCAUUUUUGUUUUUGAUCCCCCGUAUGCUCGAGUCUUGUUUGCCAAGGGAAUAAACAAGCGUAACCCGGAUCUCAAGCUUCCAGAGCACGAACCUGCCGGUUCCUGGGAGGUGAGCUACGACCUCGGCAGUGCCUUGAGGCCCAGGGCUUUUUUUUGCUACGACUUUGGCUGCCACAGUCAUGGAGAUUGCAUACAGCAGACCAACGGAAAUUGCAACCUCUGCCAUCACUACAGAGUUGACAAUGAAUGUGACCAGGGCUUGACUAAUGCCAUUGGCAUCUGCACUCACGGCAUCUGCCGAAAGGCGGUUGACACUCCGAGAGAGACUGGCGAGUCGGACGCUGCCUACUACCAGCGCAUGGACAAGCUGCAUUGGCAUUGA